GAAGACGCUCUCAGAUCAGUCAGUGGCUUCAUGGAGUUAUGUACCUCUGAUCCGCCGCCAUGGAUUGCAAUCCGCGAUCACUCCUUUUCAUUUUACCUCUUUUAUUGUCCUGCGUUAUCCCUGCGUUUACCGUCAUCUAUCCCCCCAAUGAAGUCAACCUGUUAGACUCUAAAGCAAGCCAGGGGGAGUUAGGAUGGAUUUCCUACCCAUCGCACGGGUGGAGGGAAAAUUGGGAAGAGAUCAGUGGGGUGGAUGAGCACUACACUCCCAUCAGGACCUUCCAGGUCUGCAACGUGAUGGAGUACAGUCAGAACAACUGGCUUCGCACCAACUGGAUCCCUCGCCAGUCAGCCCAGAAGAUCUACGUGGAGCUCAAGUUCACCCUGAGGGACUGCAACUCCAUCCCAUUGGUCCUGGGCACCUGCAAGGAGACCUUCAACCUCCUCUACCUGGAGACAGACGACGACCAGGGCAGUCACUUCAGAGAGCACCAAUUCUCUAAGAUCGACACCAUCGCUGCCGAUGAGAGUUUCACCCAAAUGGACCUCGGCGAUCGCAUCCUCAAGCUUAACACUGAGGUGCGCGAAGUGGGUCCCAUGACCAAGAAGGGCUUCUACCUGGCGUUCCAGGACGUGGGCGCCUGUGUAGCUUUAGUUUCAGUGAGGGUUUACUUUAAGAAGUGCCCAUACACUGUGAGGAAUCUGGCCUCCUUCCCCGAUACGGUGCCAAUGGACUCCCAGUCGCUGGUGGAGGUCAAAGGCUCAUGUGUCAAUCACUCCAAGGAGGAGGAGCCUCCGCGAAUGUACUGCAGCACAGAGGGGGAGUGGCUCGUGCCUAUUGGGAAGUGUCUAUGUAACCCAGGGUAUGAGGAGAGAAGCAACACCUGCCAAAUGUGCAGGGCAGGCUUCUACAAAUCUACGCUCGGGAACAUGGAGUGUUCAAAGUGUCCGCCUCAUAGCUUCUCUCACCAUGAGGGGUCGUUGCACUGUGGCUGUGAGAAAAACUACUUUCGUGCUGAGGGAGACCCCGCCUCCAUGGCCUGUACCCGUCCUCCUUCAGCUCCUCGAAAUGUCAUCUCCUCCAUCAACGAGACUUCAGUUAUCCUCGACUGGAGCUGGCCGGAGGACGCCGGCGGGCGCAGGGACAUCACCUUUACUGUCCUCUGCAAACGCUGCCGCGGUGUCCCUGCUAACGGUAGCAACGGUGGCACCCAGCAUUGCGAGCCUUGUCGGAGCAAUGUUCGCUUUCUGCCCAGAGCGACGGGCCUCCACAACACCACGGUGACGGUGGGCGACCUGCUUGCUCACACUAACUACACAUUUGAGAUUGAAGCGCAGAACGGUGUGUCAUCGCUGGCACCCAAGAUGAGGCAGUACGCUGCUGUCACUAUCACCACCAACCAAGCUGCUCCCUCUCCGGUAACAGUGAUCAGAAAGGAGAAGACAUCUCGAAACAGUGUCUCACUGUCCUGGCAGGAACCAGAAAGACCCAAUGGCAUUAUUCUGGACUAUGAGAUCAAAUACUACGAAAAGGAGGAGCAGGAGACCAGCUACACCAUCCUUCGUGCUCGGGGUUGUAAUGUGACUCUGAAUGGUUUAAAGCCCAACACUGCCUACCUGCUGCAGAUCAGAGCUCGGACUGCUGCUGGAUACGGAGCCAGCAGCCCUAGUUUCCAGUUUGAGACCAGCCCUGACUCAGCCUUCUCUAUCUCAAGUGAGAGCAGCCAGGUUGUUCUCAUCGCCAUUUCCUCUGCCGUGGCCAUCAUUCUGCUCACUGUGCUGCUCUACGUGCUGAUUGGCAGGUUUUGUUGCCACAGCAAAUCCAAACAUCCUGAUGAGAAAAGACUGCACUUUGGCAAUGGCCACUUACGUCUGCCGGGAAUCAGGACCUACGUGGACCCACACACUUACGAGGACCCAAGCCAGGCUGUGCACGAGUUUGCCAAAGAACUGGACGCCUCCUGUAUCGCCAUUGAUAAAGUGGUGGGAGCAGGUGAGUUUGGCGAGGUGUGCAGCGGUCGCCUGAAGCUACCCAGUAAGAAGGAGAUCUGUGUGGCCAUCAAGACUCUUAAAGGAGGAUACACAGAUAAACAGAGGCGGGACUUCCUGGCUGAGGCAUCAAUCAUGGGACAGUUUGACCACCCCAACAUCAUCAGACUGGAGGGGGUGGUGACACGCAGUAAACCCGUCAUGAUCGUCACAGAAUACAUGGAGAACGGAUCCCUGGACAGCUUCUUGAGAAAACAUGAUGCGCAGUUUACAGGAAUCCAGUUGGUCGGUAUGCUGCGUGGCAUCGCCUCAGGCAUGAAGUACCUGUCAGACAUGGGCUACGUUCACCGAGAUCUGGCGGCUCGAAACAUCCUGGUCAACAGCAACCUGGUGUGUAAAGUGUCAGAUUUCGGCCUGUCCCGAGUGCUGGAGGACGACCCGGAGGCGGCUUACACCACCAGGGGAGGUAAGAUCCCUAUUCGGUGGACGGCGCCAGAGGCUAUUGCCUACAGGAAGUUUACAUCAGCCAGUGAUGCUUGGAGUUACGGCAUUGUGCUCUGGGAAGUGAUGUCAUAUGGGGAACGGCCAUACUGGGAAAUGUCCAAUCAGGAUGUAAUUAAAGCUGUAGAUGAGGGUUACCGCCUCCCCCCACCCAUGGACUGCCCCGCUACCCUCUACCAGCUGAUGUUGGAUUGCUGGCAGAAGGAGAGGAACAACCGGCCUAAGUUUGAACAGAUAGUCAGCAUCCUGGAUAAACUCAUCCGCAACCCCGGUAGCCUCAAAAUCACGGCCAACACCACAUCCAGGCCAGCCAACUUGUUAUUGGACAGGAGUAGUUCAGAGGUUCCCUCGAUGGGGACGAUGGCUGACUGGAUGGAUGGAAUGAGGACCUUGCCCUGCAAGGAGGCCUUCUCUGGGGUCAGCUACAGCUCCUGUGACACCCUGGCCAAGACCUCCACAGAUAGAGUUGUUCUGACGGAGGUCCACGUCACACCCGCCACUUGCCCAGAAUGGGAGCCGUCCAUGGGGAUCACCACUCUCUAACGCCCAGCUUCUCUCCGCCUCCUCAGGCUCUGGAUGGGAUCUGAAAAAGGUUGGAGUGACUAUCGUAGGACCGCAGAAGAAGAUCGUGAGCAGCCUCAAAGCCCUAGAUUCCCACACCAAGAAUGGCCCAGUACCCGUUUAAAAAAAUGAACCUGUCUUUCUGUCUGUGUUAACAGACUGUGGUUGCUAAUCGCACUCAGUGGCUGUGUAUCCAAACUAGAAAUGGAUGGAAAUGGAGGUAAAAUAUAUGAUUCAGAUGAGGGCUUUCAUUGUUUUGUUGAAAGACGAUAUCAAGUCCUGACAGAGGAACAGGAAGAGUUCAGUGCAGAUCUGCCAGCUAGUUAACUGGCUGACUCUUCAACCCUCCAUCCCUCCAUGCCCAAGUUGAGAUGCCUUACAGACUAUUAGGAGGGUAGAGUGAUCAGAGGAGAGCCAAGGAAAUCAGUGAGACCUGGUCAGGGAUUCAAACUGGGACUGGACUGGGAUACAGGGCAAGGACUGGACUAACACAAAAGUCGGAGCUCUCCCAUAUUUGGCUGAGCUGGAAAGGGGAGUCUUCCCUUUACAGAUAAAAGGGGGACGGGCAUGCUCUCAGUCUCCUCCCACCAGCCUGUGGAACGAGGCGGCAAAAUGGCUGAGAUGCCUUGUAUAGAAGAGCAUGGCAGACAACAGCAGCUCACCUGGCUGUGGACCCUUCCUGGACUAGAAAAGUCUGAGGUGUGAGAUUUUCUUUGUAACUACCUACAUUUACUGUCUCUAUCCAUGAGAGAGCUGAGCUGAUAUGGACGCACCUAGACAAUAACCGAGCCAUUUUACUCUGUAGCUCUAACCUAUAGCAUUUGCUUUCAGUAGACAUGUCACAUAAAAGCAAUAAUUAUGAUAAUCAGUUAAAUAGUCUCAUUGUAUGGAAGCCAUGAGUCUAUCACAUGUAUAAUUAAAGUAUUGAACGCUGUGCUUUGAAGGUACAGGGGCCAUAACACACUUCACACACACAGAAUUUUCUUUACGGUGACAUCUAUGUUCUAUGUGCUUAUGAGCAGAUAUUGUACAGUUUUAGUGCUGUUCCCUCAACCCGAUGCCCUUUGUGUGAAAUCUCAGGAUGUAUACGUUCUCUGUUCUAUUUUCUCUAAUGAGGAGAAACAGACAGAGAGAUGGAGCAGAGCCAGGAAUUGAGAGUGCAGGUUAAGAAAAAAACGGGAGCAAGAAAAUGGGAAGCUGCAAGAGAGAAAUUGAUAAGAGGGAAAAGAGAACUUACAUAAGAUGAAGUAGUGUCAUCGAGGCCUCCGCUUCAGAUGUUGUUGUGUUGCUGAAGUGUUUUAAACUAGAAGUGAGUUUAGUACUUGAGUUUCUUCUUCAGGUAAUACAGGCUAGCAUCAUCAACCCCACACAGCACCAGGCAUAAUUUCCUUUUUCCAAGGGGUGAGAAAUGUCCUCUGUUCAGUCUGUUUAGGUCACACUGCUUCUCUGACAGUGUUGUAAACCUAUAGUUUGUUUGCUUUGGUCCGAAUCCGUAACUUAUUAACAAAAGUCACAUGGGAUCUGUCAUGUUCUCCUUUGAUCAGAAAUUUGCUGUAAAAAAAUAAAAUAAAAAAAAGGACUUCGUUCUAGAUUAAAAUUGACUCUUAAUCUAUAAAUCCUGGUGUGUUAAAUGCAAAAAUUAGAGUGCCUCCUGUAGUUGUGUGUAGGGCUGGUUCAUGGUGGGAUCACCAAGCAAAAAGCUCCAGUUUUAAUUUUAAGUUUUGGUCUUUUUUUCCCUGUGUUCUCAGAGGGGUAUGGGGUUUUACCAUCACUGCCCUAGACUAACAAGAUGUAAAAAUACCCUGAAAGAGACGCAACACUUCCUAUAGAUAAUUGCUUUCUGAGAUAGUAUCCUUGUACAUCAAAUGUCCAGGAUGGGAUUUCCUAAAGGCACCUUAGAUGUUGAUCUUUAUAAAAUGAAGUACAUACUUAAAGAUGCUAGUCUCCUGCUUUGAUGUCACCCAAUCAAUCCCUCAGUGCAACACAUACCCAGUAUUUCUAAACUGGCACUUUGGUACUUUGUGCUGUUGGAUGGGUAAUAUUUAACCAUGAAGAUGUUAUCUUUAAGCUUGCUCCAAGCACUUAGUACACAAUAUUUGAGCACUUUGAAUGGAAAUGUUAUUGCCUUGGCUAUAGACUAAGCUUAACUAAUGGACAGGGAUGAUUUUGGUGCUUUUGGGAAACCCAGACCUGUUCAGUAUAUCAGUUGGUCCUUUGUUACUUGGUCUACCUGUGGAUGCUUCUGUUGCUGCUAUGUGUUCUAAUUAGCAUGUACAUAAUGUAAACCAUCGUAAUGAUAGCAACUAGCGCUACAGAUCCCACUAUAUGUACAUGGCCAUCUCUCUUUGUAAAAAUGUUUGUAUGUAUAAAAGAAUAAAUAAAAAAAUUGUGCAACAUUUUUAAUUAAAAAAAGAGACAAAAAUCAUCUGUAUUAUAUUUUAUCUUAUUUUGAAUAAUUGUCAGCUUUGUUUUUUUUCUACAAUAAAAAGGCAAUUAUGAUUACGUUAUUAUUUAUUUGUUAACAUUAUACAGCGCAAUGUUGAUGUCUUUUUUGUAGCAUACAGUAAAUUAUGUGUCAGUGCUAUCUGUGUUUUGGUUUUAGACUUACUUUAUAAACCUGGGACAUCUGAGAGAGCAAUACUGUUAUGCACCCUAUAUCCAGAUCCCUCAUCUUCUGUCUCAAGACUGACCCGUGUGUCUGUGUGAGAGUUUACGUGUGCAAAUGUAGAUGGCCUUGUCUACUAAUGUAAAAUGAUUUGUAGUGGAAACAUUUAUAUUUUUAUAAUAAAUAUUGGCAAAAUAUUUUCC